GGAAGCGGAAGUGCCGGCCUGUAGCCCGUUUUAAGUGGGUGUCCCCUCUCCGCUGCCCAGCCGCCUCCUGCAUCAGCCAUGGAUUGUUACACGGCGAACUGGAACCCGCUCGGGGACUCUGCCUUUUACCGGAAAUAUGAGCUGUACAGCAUGGACUGGGAUCUGAAGGAGGAACUCAGGGACUGCCUGGUGGCUGCUGCACCCUAUGGGGGCCCCAUUGCGCUGCUGAGGAACCCCUGGCGGAAGGAGAAAGCUGCCAGUGUGCGACCAGUGCUUGAUAUAUAUUCUGCUUCUGGCAUACCUCUGGCUAGCUUACUGUGGAAGAGUGGGCCCGUGGUGUCCCUGGGUUGGUCAGCUGAGGAGGAGCUGCUCUGUGUGCAGGAAGACGGUGCAGUAUUAGUUUAUGGACUUCAUGGUGACUUCCGGAGACACUUCAGCAUGGGCAAUGAGGUGCUCCAGAACCGGGUUCUGGAUGCCCGGAUCUUUCAUACUGAAUUUGGUUCCGGGGUGGCCAUCCUCACAGGGGCCCACCGCUUCACCCUCAGUGCCAAUGUGGGUGACCUCAAACUCCGCCGGAUGCCAGAGGUGCCAGGUCUGCAGAGUGCACCCUCAUGCUGGACCACAUUGUGCCAGGACCGAGUGACACACAUUCUUCUGGCUGUGGGACCUGAUCUUUACCUUCUCGACCAUGCAGCCUGCUCUGCAGUGACACCCCCUGGCCUGGUCCCAGGAGUGAGCAGUUUCCUGCAGAUGGCUGUCUCCUUCACUUACCGACACCUGGCACUCUUCACAGACACAGGCUACAUCUGGAUGGGGACAGCAUCACUCAAGGAGAAGCUGUGUGAGUUCAACUGCAACAUCCGGGCACCUCCAAAGCAGAUGGUCUGGUGCAGCCGUCCUCGCAGCAAGGAGAGGGCCAUUGUGGUGGCCUGGGAGAGGCGGCUCAUGGUGGUGGGUGAUGCACCAGAGAGCAUCCAGUUUGUACUGGACGAGGACUCCUACCUGGUCCCCGAGCUCGACGGGGUCCGCAUCUUCUCCCGGAGCACCCAUGAGUUCCUACAUGAGGUUCCAGUGGCCAGUGAGGAGAUCUUCAAAAUCGCUUCAAUGGCUCCCGGAGCACUGCUGUUGGAGGCCCAGAAGGAGUAUGAGAAAGAGAGCCAGAAGGCGGAUGAGUACCUGCGGGAGAUCCAGGAGCUGGGGCAGCUGACCCAGGCCGUGCAGCAGUGUAUUGAGGCGGCAGGACACGAGCACCAGCCAGACAUGCAGAAGAGUCUGCUCAGGGCAGCCUCCUUUGGAAAGUGCUUCCUCGACAGAUUUCCACCUGACAGCUUCGUGCGCAUGUGUCAGGACCUGCGCGUGCUCAAUGCCGUUCGGGACUAUCACAUUGGGAUCCCCCUCACCUAUAGUCAAUACAAGCAGCUCACCAUCCAGGUGCUGCUGGACAGGCUUGUGUUGCGGAGGCUUUACCCCCUGGCCAUCCAGAUAUGCGAGUACUUGCGUCUACCUGAAGUACAGGGUGUCAGCAGGAUCCUGGCCCACUGGGCCUGCUACAAGGUACAACAGAAGGAUGUGUCAGAUGAGGAUGUUGCCCGGGCCAUUAACCAGAAGCUCGGGGACACACCUGGCGUAUCUUACUCCGACAUUGCUGCACGGGCCUAUGGCUGUGGCCGCACAGAGCUGGCCAUCAAGCUGCUGGAGUAUGAGCCACGCUCAGGGGAGCAGGUACCUCUUCUCCUAAAGAUGAAGAGGAGCAAACUGGCAUUGAGCAAGGCCAUCGAGAGCGGGGACACCGACCUGGUGUUUACGGUGUUGCUGCACCUGAAGAAUGAGCUGAAUCGAGGAGAUUUUUUCAUGACCCUUCGAAACCAGCCCAUGGCCCUGAGUUUGUACCGGCAGUUCUGUAAGCAUCAGGAGCUAGAGACACUGAAGGACCUUUACAAUCAGGAUGACAAUCACCAGGAGUUGGGCAGCUUCCACAUCCGAGCCAGCUAUGCUGCAGAAGAGCGUAUUGAGGGGCGAGUAGCAGCUCUGCAGACAGCCACCGACGCCUUCUAUAAGGCCAAGAAUGAGUUUGCAGCCAAGGCCACAGAGGAUCAAAUGCGGCUCCUGCGGUUACAGCGGCGCCUAGAGGAUGAGCUGGAGGGCCAGUUCCUAGACCUGUCUCUGCAUGACACGGUCACCACCCUCAUCCUGGGUGGUCACAACAAGCGCGCAGAGCAGCUGGCACGUGACUUCCGCAUUCCUGACAAGAGGCUCUGGUGGCUGAAGCUGACUGCCUUGGCAGAUUUAGAAGAUUGGGAGGAGCUAGAGAAGUUUUCCAAGAGCAAGAAAUCACCCAUCGGCUACUUGCCUUUUGUGGAAAUCUGCAUGAAACAACACAACAAAUAUGAGGCCAAGAAGUAUGCUUCCCGUGUGGGUCCUGAGCACAAAGUCAAGGCUUUGCUUCUCGUUGGUGAUGUGGCUCAGGCUGCAGACGUGGCCAUUGAGCACCGGAACGAGGCUGAGCUGAGCCUUGUAUUGUCCCACUGUACUGGAGCCACAGAUGGGGCGACAGCUGACAAGAUUCAACGGGCCAGAGCACAAGCCCAGAAGAAAUGACGAGUCCACCUGCACAUCUUCUUUAGCGAGGGGCUCCUCCCCUAGCCCAGUCACAGUUCAUCCAGCACCUCUCCCAGAGCAGAGCUGGUGGGAGCAGGAGGGUCUGGCUGUAAAUAAAGUUGGAAUACUCUAGA